AGCCUCACGAGGCAUGGAGCUUAUCACUGCAAGGUUUGCAAAAGGGAUCUUGGGAGUGCAGACGCUUACAGGACUCACAUGGCUGGUGUGAAACAUCGCCAACAGUAUAUCCUCAGAAAGAUUCGAAAAUCACUCCAGAAACCGGAGCUUAUCUUUGACAAACACGGGAUAAAACUCACUUCAGAUCCAAUUGCAGACGAAAGUGGAGUGAUAGAAUUAAUAGUUGAGAGCGGGAAAUAUGGCCAGAUAGUGCUGAUCAUAGAAAACGUCAGCGACGAGAUAAUCACUCUGAAGCACAUAACUCUACUAUGGAGCAUUAAUUUCUUUGAUUACUCGGAGAUUUCCCGCAUUGGACCUUCUGAGGGUCAGCUCUUUCCAGGUUGCCAAAGAAGGUUCAGGAUCGGUUGUAAACGCCGCAGGGAAUAUGGCUAUUCCUACGUUCCUGGUGUACUCACGUUUGAGACUGAAGACGGCAUGGAGGAAUUUUACACCCUCAGGUUUUUGUCCGUACGCAUCGUUAGCGACUUGUACGAUGAUUUGAAGCAGACUUCCGAGUACAGACUUCCCCAGCGGGCACCAGAGAUUCCCAGGGAUGUCGUGACCACGCGAGGCAUACCUCUUCCACCGUAAGUUCAAUUAAAAACCCCUGAGUGAAAUGCAUCGCCAGUAAGAAAGGGUUUAAGUGGGGAAAUUUGACGAUUUUCGAAUAAAUUCGCUUGACGAGCUACUAAAUUUAAGCCAUCAAUCUAAAUGGCAGUCACCAUCUCAUAAACAAGGAAAUGAGCAGUCGGACCCGGAAGUCAAGAGAGCUGGAAGUCUACCAUGAGAAGCCGAGAAAAGAGAGAGCUGG